GGGACGUGGUAUGAAAUGAUUUAGAUGAGUGAAUAGAGGCCGCGUUGUGCAUCUGAAUGGGCUCAACUUUCAUGGUUUUGAAAGAUUGGAGAUGAACGAGACGGAUUCUUGUAUGUUAUAUGUACAUGCGAAAAAAACGAACAAGCUGAGAAAGUACGUAUCUUUACGGAACUUGCAACUGCUGCAAUUGAAUUCGCUUAGUUUUUACACCUUUGGGUUAUUCAUGUACCAUAUAUAUCAUCACUGUGUAUUAUUACAAUUUCGGAAAAGCACGCGAAAAGAUAUAGCCUCAGUUCUAGCUUUCCCGAUUGUUUUCGGGUUAUACAGAGCAUACAUAGCAAGCGACAGUUUGAGCGAAUAUAUCGCGCUCACUGGAAACACCCGGCUCGAGUCUUUGUUUACAUAUUGCGCUCUCGUGGAUGACCAAAUUCAUGUGCAAGAAACCGUUUCCAUCACCUCCAAAACCACAGUAGCUUUUUUGUAUCUUUUUGUUUAAGCUUUUGUCCAAGAGGUUUAUUUGGUUUUGCUAUUUACGUGCUGAGACGUACGAACAAGACUGGGUCGUCCCUUGUUUGGAAUGACUGUACUGGAUGGAUCCAAGGACCGAGUCUCUGUUGACGCAAAACGCCUCAAACAUUCGGGGAGUGAACCUAUGAAUGGUCGGCAAAACUUGUUCAUGAGCUUUCAGCCCAACAUGAACCAUCAGCAGAAGAGUGAUGAGCUGGAGGACUUUAUCGACCAUUUUAGGAAUAGCCUUAUACUCAAAGAUAACAAUCCUGACGAGCGAGUAGGGCAGCCGAUGCCGCCGGCGAGUAGCGUUCAGCCCUGUAAUGGAUUCAACAGCGGUUCAUAUACAUACCAACCGUUCGCGUCAUGGAAUUCCAGCACACAUUCUCAAGCAAAUGCUCUGGAUUCUACCACUCCUGGGUCUCUAUGGAAGAUGGAUGUUGACAAUGCAGCAUUGGCAACUGGUUUUUCCUCUUCGUUAUUGCCAACAAUAGAUGAUGUCGAUGUACAAAAGGACAAGUCACGUUUAGGGUUUCAGUCAGCACUCAUGACCCCCUUGUCAAUGGACUUAUUGCUUCGACACGAUUACUCGAAUCAACUCAACAUUGCCGCAUCCCAUUCGCAAGGAGCAGCCAACUCCUUAAGGCCUUUAAGUCCAGUUCACAAGACGCCAUGGAGAGGGCAAAACGAAGCAAAGACGCACGGACAGAGAGUAAAGACAAAGGCGAAACAGCUUUAUGAAAAGUUCGGAAGCCACGAAGACAAGGUACUUAUUGAAAGAAUCAUUUUUCAAAAUGAUCAACUUGCAUCCGUUUUUCUUCAGUUAAAACUCAAGUCUGAAAAUGCAAACACAUGCCAUCAAAUAAGUCAAUCUGUAUUACCCUACACAUACAGCCUUGCAGUCAAUCGGUUUGGCAACUUUUUGGUUCAAAAGUGCUUUGAGUAUUGUACGCCGGAGCAGAUGAACGAAUUUGCAUUGGUGAUCUACAGACAUAUUCACGAACUGUCUGCCCAUGCAUUUGGCUGUCAUGUAGUCCAACGAGCACUCGAUUUUAUGUCCGCUGAUCAUCGUUUAGCCGUCAUUCGUGAACUCAUUCAGCACGCAGAGUCGUCGAUUUUGCGACGCAACUCGUGCCAUGUAUGGCAAAAGCUGUUAGACAUGCGCUGGCCAGAACAUACUUCGUUCAUCAUGUCACAGCUGAACGUGCUCCUUCGUGGAAAAUGGGCAGAGAUUGCCAUGAGCGAGAUGGGAAGUCUUGUUGUUCAAAACAUUUUUGAAAACUGUGAAUCAAAAGAUGAGACACUUUGCAAAACCGAAAUACUAUUCCAAGCAGAUGCUAUCCUUUGCGGGCAAUGGGGCAACUGGGUGAUACAGCACAUUGUUGAGCAUGGGAACGAAGUUGAACAAGAAUAUCUACGGAAACUCUUGUUAAGCAACAGUAUUCGUUACAGUACACAUCAGUUUGCAUCAAAGGUAAUAGAAAAGGCUUUACGCACGGGUCCGGAAAACUUUGUUGAAUCAUAUAUUGAAGAGCUAAUGACAGCUCGACAACAAAAAGUUCGGAUCCCAUUAAUAACAGUGGCAUCCGACCAGUACGGCAAUUACAUUAUACAAUACUUGCUGCAAACAUGUUCAGUUCUUCAGCGAAAGCGUAUAGCAGAACAACUUGGGAAGCAUGUCGUUUCACUACGCGGCAACAAAUUCGGCCAAAGAGUUGCAAAUCAACUAGAGCAUGUCCAUUGCAUUACAAAGUCACCCCGGUGAGCAGCAACUUCAGUGCUCCUUUUUUGGUAAAACCGACAUUGUUGCACAGUUUUCAUUGAGGAGGAAUAUAGUCCUCAUCAUCUUCAUCAUCCUCAUCCAUCAAUUCGUCUUCUGGAACCUUGGCUUUUGUAAAGUCGAUCUUUUUACGUCUAGUUCUCGUACUGCAAGUUAUGUUUCUUGGGUCAAUGGCAGCAAGAUCUUCUUGCACUAAGUUUUUUUUUUCAUGUUAGACGUUUCUACAGAAAAAAAGCGCAGCCCUUUACUACAUACAGUUUUCAUUCCCUGUUUCCUCAUCGUCCAUACUAGAAUCCGAAUCGUCGUAGCUGUUUUCUGAACCGUCAUCGGAAAAAUCCACGUCCUCACUGUCAUCAUCGAAAUCGAGAAUGGGAUCCUUCUUAGCAACAGCUUUUCCCUUGUCACUGUUCAUUCAUAGUUAAUUAUGUAUUCAUGUAUUAUAACUUACACUUGA